AGCCCUGCAGGACACUCGCAUGUGAACCCUGCGGCUGCGUUCACACACUUCCCGACCACACACGGGGCGGACAAACACUCGUCCACUUCCUCAUCGCAGAGGUCGCCGUGCUUCCCGUCAGGACACACGCACAGACUCUACCUCCACGUUAAAGCUGCUCUGGGCGUUGCACUCGUCCGACAGCGUGAAGCGAAACGAGCGGCUGGAUUGGCGUCCCUCCUCCUGCUGCUGCUCCAGAGGGGUCGGGACCCUCCAGAUGAGGAGGCCUGCAGGCGACAGGACGGCUCCACUCGGCCCCGCCUCCAGCUGGAAGAGGAGCGCCGAGCCCUCAGGGUCUGACGCCGCAAACUGGAAGACGAAGUUCUCUCCUGCGAAUGUCCUCAGGCUGGUUUGAGGUCGGUGGAAGGUCGGCGGCUCGUUGACUGAAGACAGAACAGAAGCUGAGCUGUUCCUGGAAGACUCAUCCCAAACACACACGUCUGCGUCUCGAGGUGUUCCCAGCUCUCAACAAGAUCACACGGCCUCCACCUCUGAGCUCAUGCUCCCUUGACGGAUGUUGAAAACCACAGGUCUGGGCUUGCCGCUCGGCCCCUUUGAUCUGCAGCCGGCGACAAACAGGACCCCAGUUGGACAGCUGAAGCACCGACAGACGCUCAUGUCCUCUAAUGGAGUAAAAUAAACACUGUUUUCACCGGGAUGUGUCAUUAGUGGGCGGCAAGCUGGGGCCAAAACAACUCUGCUCUUCCACUCUGCUUCAUGAUGAGCGAACAGACCAGGUGAAUCUGGAGGUCUCCGGGUCGCAGAGGAGGCAGGGGCUGCUGGGAUUGGAGUCUCCCUCCUUGAAGCACAUCCCGUCGAUGUUGCACGUCUUCUCCUGGAAGCAGCACGGAGGUCCGUCCAACCUGUGACAUGCAGAGUGACAGGAAUGCAGCUUCAAGAGCCAAGUGUGCAGAAUCCUCUCAUCCUAACAGGCAAGAAGCCCCACACACGAGACUCCCCGAGAACCUCCUGGUAUGAGAGUGCAGCAGCGGAGGUAGCUUCUCGCUGGAGGAGAGACAACGCUGUCUGCCACCGUCUUUGAAGUCUGUGCCCUGAUGAGAAACGACGAGAGGCAAGGAGGAGGAGGAGGAGUGGGAGGAGGGGGUCUUUGUCCUGCCCUCCUGAGCGCUUCCAGAUGUCACACGUCCUCCUUUACUGUGAGAACAACAAGCAGAGAACAUGCAAGAGGCAUGUCAGCCACUGCUGUGCCCCCCCCCAAACAUCUUGAGACCACAUUGUUCCUGCUCUCCUAAAAAACCUACUGCGCAAAAGUGACAUGCAUGAUGAGUUGGCGUCUGCUAACUCAGGAGGAAGGGCUGCUGGGGUCAAAGGUCAAUCAGCUUGACCUGCAGGGCAGCUCUUUGUUGCUGCUCCUGGUUGAUUCAUUAGAACAAUGAUUAACCUGAACCGGCUCCCUGGAGGUUAAAGAGCGCCUCCACAGCACAGAUCUCACUCUGAGUCUCGUCCGGUCGUGUGAACAAGAAGCUCCUCUGCUCACGGUCAGAAACCUCCCACAGCGCAGUGAUGGAGCAGUUUGACGGUCUAACUCCCUCAGAAACCUUCCAGAGAGCGUCCGCCUCUCUGGGCUGCAGCCCCACGUCUGCAGAGGUGGCGUCGUUCCUCGACAAACACGACAAACUGAGUCACCUGCGGGAGAACUUCCUCCUUCCUAAGAUAGCAGAUCUCCCUCCCUCCGAUCUGUCGCUGGUGGAUGGCGGGAAGGAUUGCAUGUACUUGGUGGGGAACUCUUUGGGUCUUCAGCCCAAACUGGCCCGCAGAUACUUGGAGGAGGAGCUGGAGAAGUGGGCCAAAGAGGGCGUCCACGGUCACACGCGGGGGUCACGACCUUGGGCCUGGGCUGAGAACAACAUCGAGGAAGUGAUGGCGGACGUUGUUGGAGCUAAACCGGGUGAGGUGGCGCUGAUGAACGGCCUGACGGUGAACCUGCACCUUCUUCUGCUCGCUUUCUACAAACCUUCAGCAGCUCGACACAAAAUCCUCCUGGAGGACAAAGCCUUCCCGUCAGACCACUUCGCCGUUCAGUCUCAGAUCAGCCUGCGAGGAUUCGACCCCAAGGAGAGCAUGCUGCUGCUGUCGCCCCACGCGGGAGAAGACACCCUGAGAACUGAGGACAUCCUGGACGCCAUCGAGAGGGAGGGAGACUCCAUUGCUGUGGUGAUGUUCAGCGGGGUCCAGUACUACACUGGUCAGCUGUUCAACAUGGCCGCCAUCGCUGAGGCCGGACACAAGAAGGGUUGUUACGUCGGCUUCGAUUGUGCUCACGCUGCAGGAAACGCAGAGAUGAAGCUGCACGACUGGGGCGUGGACUUUGCCUGCUGGUGCUCCUACAAGUACCUGAACUCAGGGGCUGGAGGUCUUGCUGGAGCCUUUAUCCACGAGAGGCACAAAGAGAGCAUCAAACCUGCGCUGAUGGGCUGGUGGGGACACAACCUGGAGACUCGCUUCCAGAUGAACAAUGUGAUGGAUCUGCAGGGAGGAGUGAGCGGCUUCAGACUCUCCAAUCAGCCCAUCCUGCUCGUCUGUCCCCUGCAGGCCAGCCUUGAGGUGUUCAAGAAGACCAGCAUGAAGGCCCUGCGCAGGAAGUCGCUCCUGCUGACGGGCUACCUGGAGUUCCUGAUCCGCCACCAUUACACAGAAGACCCGUCCCGGCCUCACAAGCCUCACGUCCGCAUCAUCACACCGUCUGACCCUGAGCAGAGAGGGUGCCAGCUCUCGCUCUGUUUCUCCAUCCACAUCGGGAAGGUGUUCCAGGAGCUGGAGAAGAGGGGCGUCUGUUGCGACAUGAGGGAGCCCAGCGUGCUGCGAGUCGCCCCGGCGCCGAUCUACAACUCCUUCACCGACGUCCAUCGCUUCGUGGAGACGCUGGGAGCGGCUCUGACGGCCUGCGGUGGCGACGGCCUGUGACGCUUCAUCCUGCUGCAGACUGAACAAGAUAUGUCACUGGAUUUGGGAUGACAAUAAACAUGAAGAGCACUCGCCUUUACAUUUCUUC